AUGUUUGCUAACGAGUGUGGUGUUCUUACGAUGUCGAUGAUUUCUGUUGAAUAUAUGAGUUGGAAGAAAGUGCCAAUUGCUCAAGAAGAUAUGGUAUGGUCGACAACUAAGGAGAUAGGUGAGAAAGCGAGGGAGAAUUCAAUGCAUAAUAAUAAUCAUGCCCGUGUUGAUUUCCAUACUCAAAUCUCUGAAGGGUAUUUGGUGCUCAGUCCAGGAGAGGACUUGUUGACAAAGGAACAAAGAACUAAGAAACAAAUUCCAGCAACAAGUUUGCUGCCGACAAAUGCAAGGGCUGGUACAAACAAGAACAUACCCAACAAAAUAGCCAGCAAGGCAAGGCCGAUUGAAUAUCUUCGUGAUGGCUUGAAGACCAACCCAGUGGUUAACAUUGUAGCCGAUUCUGGGAUCUUGGAAGUCGGGACAUAUGAUUGUUUGGUUACAAGUGAAGAAUAUUUUCGAUUGUUGAGAAAACAAACAACCAAUGCUUCCAUCUUGACUGCUCAACAAUUGAUUCUUCAUUCAAUGUUUCGGACAUGUAUGAGCAAAUGUGCUUUCUUGAACCCUUAUAAUAUUCUAGGGGAGGCAUGCCAGAAAAACCCAGAGGGUGUUGUUAGUUAUAUUGUUGAUUCCAUUCGUCUGCACCACGGAAAAUUGUUUCUCGACACAAUAUUUGCAAAAGCUUUCAUGAGGUAUGAUAAAGACUCUUCAACUCUAAUUGGAUGGAUUUUUGCUGAGUGCAACCAACAACUUGGUGGUUUAGAGAGUGGGCAUUAUGUAAUGCGAUGGAUGGUUGAUUUCUUGACGACAAGACAACAUGGAUUUCCAAGUAAAUGCAACCAACAACUUGGUGGUUUAGAGAGUGGGCAUUAUGUAAUGCGAUGGAUGGUUGAUUUCUUGACGACAAGACAACAUGGAUUUCCAAGUAAAUCUGGUAGCAUUUUGGAUGACAAAAGUCCCUUUGAGAAAAAGGCAUUGCUUGUAACUGUUGCUAGCUGA